AGAAAAUAGUGAUAUGUAACAACAACAAAAAGAUUCUUUUUUUUCUCUAGCUUUAUCACAACAGAACACAAAAGAUAAUGAUACAUAUUAAGUCAAUAUUUUAGUCAUAGAUACAUAUAUAAACAAUAAAGAGAAUGAAAGAGAGAAUGAAUACCAUUAUGUAUAUACAAAUAAAAAGAUCAAAGAUUAACUGAUAGUCAUCUACAACAAAUAGACAAUCAUGCAAAAGAUACAACCAGAUCAAAACGACAACAUGAUAACAACAACAUUUGUGACAGUCAAUCACAAUUCACAAAUCAACCGUGUUUUAUGAAUAAUAAUAAUAAUAUUAAUAGUAAUGAUAAUCCACAUCCUGGAAACGGUUCAAGUCAAUUAUUAACACAAGCACCUAUCACAUCUUCAUCAGUAAUAACAAUGCAAUCAGUGAAUUCAACAUCAAAUAAUGUUGAUUUACCAUUUAUGCUGCAUUCAAUUAAUUUACGACAAACACAUCAAUCGGAUAAUCUCAUAAAAGAGUCUAAUACUACUACUAAUACUACUACUACUAAUAAUACUACUUAUAAUAAUAAUAAUGAUAAUAAUCCUCCUAAAAUAAACUGGACAAUAAGAAAACAAACAAAUUUAGCUGAAUCAGAUCCAGUUUCAUUUGUUCAAUUAUUAACUGAUCGAUUAGAGAAAAUAAAAGAAUCACGUGGUAAAUUAGAAAAAUUAAUGUCACUUGUUAAUCAUCAGGUUGAUGAUAAACAUCUAACAGAGUCUAAAACUACUCUACCAAUAGGACAAACUGAUCCAAAUGAAUUCAUUUCUGCUGUUAAUCAACAUAAUUCAUCACAUCAUUUAGAUCAAUCAAAUUGGUCACAAUUAAAAUCUAAUUCAUUUAUAAAUACAACCAAUAGUAUAAUGAAUGAAACAAAUUCUUCAACUAUUCAACAAUCUACAUUAAAUGAUCCUUAUAAUUCUACAUUGAUGAUGAUGAUGAAUACUGGAUCACAAUUAUUGAAUAGCGUCAAUAAAUUUCAAAAUGCUCAAGAAAUAUUAGAUGAUCAUUGUUCAAGAAUUUGGGCAGAUGAAUCCGAUAUGAAUAUUGACAGUCAAUUAUUAUUAUCAUCAUAUUCAAAAAGACAACAAAAUAAUUUAAUGCAUACACCAUAUUCUUCAAUGUUAUGUGAUGAUACACUUGUCAAUUCAAUGAAGCAUAAUACAACUGAUAUUGUAUGCAAUGGAUCUAAUGUUAAACAGUAUGAAAUGAAUAAAUUAAUGGAAAAAAGUAAAUUUGCUACAGUAGUUGUUUCGUCUACAGACUCUUCUUUUGUAUCUUCAAAUAAUGAUAAUAAUAAUAGGACAGAAAUAUCGGAUAAUUCUCAUCGAAGACGACAUAUUACUGCUUCUGGUGGUAAUGUGACUUAUCGAAGUUUCAGUCGACCUAAUAAAGCUGAUCUACGGUCUAUCGCUUCAUGGGAUAGUGGUGUUGUAAGUAAUUAUUAUGAAAAAAAGCAUCGAUUACAUCAUCACCAUCAUCAUCAUCAUCGUGAUGAUUUAGAUAUUAUGGAUGAUACAGUAGAUACUGCAUCAAUUUUAGAAGCGGCUAGUUUGCAAGCUUUAUCAUCAUCAACUACAGAGUUAGCUCUGGUCAAUGGUGAAGUAACUGCUAAACUAGUUGAGAAAAUUAUACGUCAUUAUCCACGUGGAAUAUUCGAUGGUGACGAUAAUUAUGUUAGAAAGAAUCAUACAAAUACAAGCGAAAAGUCAUAUUUUAAAUCAAGUCAAUUCAAAGAAACCUCAAGUCCAAAUUAUGCAUAUCCGUUUAGUAGUAGUAGGUUGAGAAGAAGAAGUAAACAAUGUGAAUCUUUUUACGAAUCACCGUCAUUAUCACUAUCUUACCCAGUCCCUGGUGUUAAUUUGAAUUCUACAUGCUCUGCUAACAAUACUACUACUGCUACUACUGGUACCUGUCAACAACACCCUGGCAUAAUGAUCCCAUGUGAAUGUCAUCGUUGUAUUCAUUGUACACAUUCACCAUCAGCAUUAAAUGAUCAUUUAUCAGCAAACUAUUGUAAUUGUAAUUAUAUUCAUCAAUUAAAUGAUAAACCUCAACAUUCUACUACUUGUCAUAGUCAACAAUUGCCCAUUAUUACUGCUUCAGAUACAUCGAGUACUUUUGACUCAGGAAUAUCAUCUGCAUACGACCAACUACCUUUAAGAAAACAUGUAAACAACAAUCGAGAAAAUCGAAGCCAGAGCCUUCAUAGUUGGCAAACAAAUCCUAAUUUCAAGGAUAAACAUCUUUCCACUCCAAGAGGAAACCGUACCCAUUCUGCGUCAAAAUCCAUGUACGACAAUAAUGAUAAUAACAAUAAUAAUAACAAUAGUGUUACUACUACUUAUACACGUGAGUGCCCUCUAACAAACUGCCUCAUUUCAUCGUGUUAUGAAUUUGAUUCGAAACAGACAACACCUGGACAACAGUUUAAUCAACAUACUAUGAAUGAUUUACACUUAUGUGAUUCAUGUUCUUCAGUACAUCAUCAUUAUCAUAACAUUCGUCAUCAUUAUCGUCAUUCUCAUUUUCUUCACCAUCAUUCUCACUGUCCGGAAUUGAUGAUCAAUGAUUUGAAUUAUAAAUAUGAUGUGAAUAAUGAUUGUAAGAAGCCAACAAGUGGUAAAUUACUUCAACACUGGUUACAAUUACAACAAAAUUCAUCAGAAACUUUACAUACACCACUUCGACCUACUACUACUACUACUACUACUAAUGAUGAUGAUGAUGAUGAGCAAAAACUAAAAUCUUUAUCUUCAGAUCAUGCUGUGUUGUUGUCCAAUGAUAAUUCACAUAAAAAUGGUAAAGAACCAUCAUCAUCAUCGUCACAUGGGAGAAAAUCACAUCAUCAUCACCAUCAUCAUCAUCAUAGUCAUAGGAAAUCUAGCGCACAUCGUAUUGGUAAUAAUAAUGUCAGUAUGACUACUACUAGUAGUAGUACUAAUAAUAAGAAUCCUAAACAUUCAAUGAAUGUUGACAAUAGUUUGGAGUUGAACAACAAUAUUCGACUGGAUUUGGACGAAAACGAUGAUGAUCAUGAUGAAAAUAAUACAAGUAGUACACGUUUGGAAUCUAAAUUAUCUUCAUCAUCAUCUGGAAUGAUGCAACAGAGUUGCCAUACUACUUCCACAACUGGUUCAUCAGGUCCUGGAUUAGUUGUCGGCUAUUAUUUAUGCGAUGAUCCUGUUCCUUAUCGAACUGUUUGGACUGGUGGUUCACAUAAUCCACCUCCAUCUUCUUCCAUUUCUUCCUCUGGUCUAUUUGUUGAAGUUAAUGAUCAAUCAGAAAUUGUAGACAAUUUUCAAACUAAAUUGAGUAAUCAAUCUUUGUUAACAUUGGGACAAUUUAAACAAUUGAUUGCUAAAAAAGGUGUUUAUCGAUAUUUUUUCAAAAAACCCAAUGAUGAAUUUGGUACUGGUGUAGUUCAUGAAGAAUUAACAAAUGAUAAUGCUAUUCUACCAUUAUGGGAAGGUAAAGUUGUAGCACGUGUAGAACGUGCUGAUUAA